AUGGUGACGCUCUUCUGUGCGAUCGUCGGUGCGGCGGGAAGCGCGUUCCCUGUGGACAUUGACGAGAAAAAGUCGGUGGGCCACUUGAAGGACGUGAUCAAGGCGAAGAAGCCAAACAAGUUGAAGGACAUCGAUGCAGGUGACCUGCAGCUCUUCCUGGCGAAGAGGGAGGACGGCGCGUGGCUGAAAGGGGCGGGCGUGGAAGCUGUGGCGGUCGGUAAGGCCAGUGGGCAACCUGAGAUGCUAGAUCGUCAUGGACAGCCGAGAGUUUUCAAGCCGAUGAAUCCGCUGUUGUGGAUCAAGAACCCCGAUAACUUUGGGGGGAACUUUCAAGCGGGCGAGGACGAAGUUCACGUGCUGGUGGUGGUCCCGAAGCAAGCGAUCUCGGCUUCAAUUGUCUCCCAAGAUGGUGUCUUUGAUCCCUGCAGCGACCCGUUCUUUGCACAAUUCCCCACGGUUGAGCAAGUAGGCGAUUGGCUCGAAUUUUCGUCGUUGCUGCCGUUAACAAAACGUCAGAAGCUCUACAUUCGCUCGUCGUACAGAGUGAUCGCCGACCAAGCACUGCUGAAUCCAGAUCGGACCAUGGUCAAGUAUGCUGUCGUCACGGGCACGCCUGGGAUAGGCAAGUCGGUGUUCGUCUACUACAUGAUGUGGAGGUUGAUCAAGGAGAAGAAACGCGUGCUGUUUUUCUCCAAGAAGGGACCGAUUUACUUUGAUGGGUCGACGAUGUUCCAGUGCGAGUUACUGCCAAAUAAGUUUGACCAACGAUUUUGGUCGCCUGACCUGUGGUGCCUCGUGGACUCGGUCGAUCCAACCGCUAUGACGGAAUUACCGAUAGAGGACUGCUCAGUACUUCUCGCAAGUACACCGCGACGAGACUGCAUUGGAGAAUUUAAGAAGCUCGUUCCAACUCCAGAUGUAUUCUACAUGCCACUGUGGACCAAGGAAGAACUCGCGAUAACUGCUCCCCUCUAUCCACAUGCAGCAUCUGUGUGGCGAAAUCGCUCAGACUGCUUGGGUGGUGUGCCUCGUCUUGUGUUGCAAGACAUUGGAACUGACCCGCAAGUGUUGCUGGAGACCGCAUGCAAUAGUUGCUCUCUUGAUGAGUGCAAGACGUUGGUGUCCAUCAACUCGGAGAUUAAAUCGAGGACCCUGAUUCACAUCCGCAGCCAAGAACCAUAUACAGAGUACCAAGUUGUGUAUGCGUCGGAAUUGGCGAUGAAAGUGAUUGCUCGGACGAAGCUGAUAUCGAAUCGCGCGAACAUGGAAAGUUUUCUCAGCGCAUGCAACGGGAACCCGCUGGCUCAAUCGCUGUGCGGAUACAUCUUGGAGCCUCACUGUCUGCGACUAUUGCAUGAGGGUGGGAGUUUUGAGUAUCGAGAACUGUUGUCAGGCGCCAUGCAGCGGCAACGCAAAAGAGGCCGCCGAGAUAUUGUUGAAACAGAAAUUACAAUCCCAUCGUCAUCGAAACCUUCUCAAAUUGUGGAGCGGGUGGAAGCUGGUCAAGUUGCGAAUCAGCUUUACGUGCCUCGGACAUCGAAUUAUGUCGCUAUUGAUGCAUGGAUGCCGCAGUUCGGUGGAUUCCAAGUCACUGUGGGAAAGACUCAUGAUAUCAAGGCCGGCGCGGCAGAUGAUUUGGCGAAGUUGGGUCCGGAUGGCAACCAACUCUUCUUUUUGCUUCCACCGCUGUACUACAAGUCUUUCACCAAGAAAGGCAAGGAGAUUCGGCAGUUUGCAAUUCUUGUUCCGUAUCCCGAAGAGAUUUAA